AUGUGGAGUUCUACAGAAAGCUGGCAAAUCCCAGAUGCAACAACUACUGGUGAAUUAGCGAAACAUAAGUACAUUGAGCGUCAUCGAUGUGAGGAAGGCUCUAUGAUUGUCACAGACUUGUUUUGGGCAAAUCCAGUGAGUUUGGAUUUGCUUUGUAUAUUCCCUCGUGUGUUGAUUAUGGAUUGCACAUAUAAGACAAAUAGAUAUCGGCUUCCUCUUCUUGAAAUUGUGGGAGUGACAUCAACUCAUAUGACAUUCUCCGUGGCUGUCGCAUACUUGCAAAUUGAGCGGGUUCAUAAUUAUGCAUGGGCGUUACAAACAUUACGUGAUCUUAUGGACAACAGUGUUUUACCUGAAGUCAUUGUCACAGAUAGAGAGCUUGCUUUGAUGAAUGCCAUUGACAACACUUUUCUGAAUGCUCGACAUUUGUUAUGUCGUUGGCAUAUUAAUAAGAAUGUAUUGACGAAAUUAUUGUCAUCGACUGAAGAGGAAUAUAAUGAUCACUUUGCAACACUACAAAAGGAUUUCAGUAACUAUUCGGACGCAAUCAAGGUUGAAAGUGCUCAUGCUAGAUUGAAGAGGCAAUUAGAUUCAAGUCAAACGGCAUUUGAGAUUUCAUUUGAAAAAAUGCAUUGUCUACUUGAGUUGCAGCACAUUCAAAGUAAGAGAGCAAAUUCAGUUGGAAUUGAUGUUGCAGCAUGUGGGUGUGUUCUUAGGCGCACACAUGGUUUACCUUGUGUUCACGAGAUUGCAGAUUACAUGAGACAAGGUCGUCCUAUUCCACUCAGUAGCAUACAUGUUGAGAAAUUGGAAUUGACUUGUAUCCCAGAACUUAAGAUGAUUUUGAAGCGGUUCAAUGAGUCUGAUAUUGCCAUGAAAUUAGAUAUGUUGAAGAAGUUGAGGGAAAUUGCAAAUCCAGCGAGCACUUUUCUUAUUGAGCCUGAUAGCACAUUAGCUUCCAGUCAGUCAAAGAAAAAGAGAGCUUUGAAAGUGCUUGAUAAGAAGCGGAAUGUGAAGACAAAGACAUAUCGUACAAGAACAAGUUUGCCGAGUGCAUAUGUUGGUGACUUCCCGCCUAUGUUAAUACCAUUCAUAAAGUUGAUGAAGGAUGCAGAUGGUGAUGGGAAUUGUGGUUUUAGAGCUAUUGCGGGUUUACUUGGUCUUGGAGAGAAUGACUAG